AUUUGGCGAACAAAAUUUAGUAACGAACAUAAUAUUACAAAAUUCGAAUUUAAAAUGAAUAUUUUAAUAAAAUGGGUUUUGACUUAGAGCGCAUUUGUUGUAAUCCACCAUCUAGUUCAUCUAGUACAGAAAAUAUUUUUUGCAACGAAAACUUCAACAAAUGCAGUCCAUGCUGUUGUCAUUCCUGCUGUAGAAAAUCCUUUUUGAAUGACCAUACCUAUUCAAUACUUAAGCGGGUUUGCCAUAAGAUAAUCAAAAGUUACAAUCGACAGCAAUGCCGUGAGAAGUAUACAAUAUUCGACGGAGGCAACAGCAUAAAUGGCCGAUGGUCAGAGAGGCAAAAAGAUCAAUGUGACAAGAGCAAAAUUAAAUUAGAUGAAAAGUCUUGUAAAGAGAGAGAGGUCGGAGAAAAAUUUAAAAAGGGAAAAGAUCGUGGCGAAAAUGAAAAAGAUGAUUAUUCAAAGUUGGGAAAAGGACGUGGAGAUACUCGAGCCAAAAAAGAUGCCGACGAAAGCGAUCCUAUGAAAAAAUUAAAAAAAACAGGCAGUGGUGCAAAGGAGGACAAAACUGAAAAAUUGGAUUCUUUGAAAAAAUCAAAGCGCGGUAAAAAAGAUGCGGAUGAAAACGAUCUUGUAAAAAAAUCAAAAGUUCCGGGCACAGGUGAAAGAGAUGAUAAAAUUAACGAUGAUUCAUUAAAAUCGGAAAAACCAAGAGGACGCGAAAAGAAAAUUGGUAGUGAUUUAAAAAAUGCAAGGCCAUCGAAUAGCAUAGCCGACAAAGAAAAUGGUAAAAAAGGCAAAGAAAAAGCAAACAAAAAAGAAAAGCAAACACCACUAAACGAAACUGACUUAAACGCAAAAUCUGAAAUAGAAAAAAAAGGCAAAAAGACAAAUGACGAGAAAGGACAAGGGACAAAAUAUAAGCAAGCUCAACAUUCCGAAAUUGAGGAACCAAAAUUUGAUAAGAAAUCUAAAAAUCUUGAUAAAAAAGAGAAUACAAAUAUUGAUGCGAAAAAAAAAAAUAGAAAAUCUAACAGAGACACCACUGGUGCACAUGAAAGAGACAGUCGGGAGCCUGACAAGGACCAAAAAUAUAAAUUGAAUCGAAAGGGUGAUAUCCGUAGCUCAAGAAGAACGGGUCAAAAUAUAAGAAAUCGGAAAUCAGGUCGUACAUUAUCUAGAGGAAAUAGCAGAUCGAGGUUAGGGAAAGGUAUCAAAGGAUCGAAAUUCAUACAGGACAACAGGAGAUCGAACAUAAAUGAAUCUUACUCUCGGAGACCUAGUCGCGUUGAUGAAGUUCGAACCUGUGAUAUCCUUCGUGUUCACUUGGAGAAACGCGACCUUUCAAGAUGCAUUCCAAAUGAAUGCAAGGUUUGUCGAAUGUGUAUUCCUAAUUGUAUGCCGUGCCCACCAGUUAUCUGUUGAACACAGGAUGGCUGCUGUGAUAGCAUUCGGAUGUAUUCUACGGACUCACCUGGAAAAAACUCUUUAUAAUG